AUGGACUCAUUAUAAAUACAGAAGCAACUUAUGGUUGAGUAAUUGAAUAAGUUGGAAUACAUGGAUAAAAUACUGCCUCUGCACAAGGAUGAAGUUUAAGCAGAGAAGAAACUGCAAGUUCAGAUCAAUAGUCUGAAUUUCAAAAGAAUUAUUGAAGGGCAGGAGAAUAACAAAUUGAUGGCAGAAAUAGAGGAGUCGAAGUUAGACGUAUAGAAGAGUAGACACAAAGCCUUCCAGAAAUACUUCACCUCAUUUAUGACGGAGUAAUAACAGUAAGAUGUCAAUAUUCUUGAAUUCAAUUAAAGUGAUUUCGAAGUUUUUCAAUAAAUGAAGGAGAGGUAAAGAUAGUUGGCAUAGGAAGAUCUAACAAUUGCUAGGUAGAAAGAGAAGAGCAAUCAGAUAUUUGAAUAAAAUCUGAUGAAGAAAUGGGACAGAGUGAGGAAAAGUAGUAUAUUGAGUUAUUCUAAGAAUUGCGAAUGAUUGGUAGAAUGAAACGAUUAUAUGACGAAGUAAAAUUGUAUGGUACAAGUUGUAGAGUGGAGACCUCCAUAAAAAGACAUGAGGUGAUUCAGGAACUGGAACAGAUGCUCAACAAGCAGAAUCAGUAAAUUAGCAAGCCGAUGCCAUAGAAACACAGUAACAAUUAAGUCUAUGCAUAGAGCAUCUCUUCCUACCGGAUUCGAAAUUCAAGAAAUAUUGGCAAUAUGUUCUGAUGAUAUUGUUGAUUUACACUGCCUUUAUUACUCCCAUUCGGUUAGCAUUCAUAGAAGAAUUCAACUUAGUAUGGUUUACUUUGGAAUUAAUAGUAGACAUCUUAUUUUUUUUGGACAUCUUGAUCACAUUUAAUACAGCCUAUUUCAACGAGGAAGGAGUGCUUAUAGUUGAUCGUUAAUAAAUAGCAAUUCAAUAUCUAAGAACUUGGUUAAUAUUCGAUUUGAUGGCUGUAUUUCCUACUGAUCAAAUCUUUAAGAAUGAGGCUCAAAAAUUAUCUCAAUAUUUCAAGUAUCAAUAUUAAUUUAAGACAAUAUAAUAGAUUGACCAGAUUGCCUCGGAUGUAUAAAUUGAUAAGUAUCAGUAGAAUGUGGUCAACAGUUUAGAAUUCUCAGGAUCAUAAUGAUUGUUUUUCAGCAAUCCAAGAUUUGAUAAACUUGAAUUCUACCACUGUGAGAGUGCUUAAGUUUUUUGGAACUGUUCUUGUAUGUGUACAUAUCAUGGGUUGUCUCUGGUAUCUAGUUGCCAAACUCAAUGACUUUGGUCCAAACACAUGGGUGUAUGAAUUGGAUUUACUGAACAAAAGUGAAUAUGAAUUGUACUUAACCUCCAUCUAUUGGGCUGUGGCUACAAUUUGCACAGUGGGAUUCGGAGAUAUCCAUGCUUUCAAUGACAGUAAAGUAUAAAUUAGACAUAGCUGAAAGAAUUGUGUGUAUAUUUUGGAUGUUCUUUGGAGUUGGAUUCUACUCAUUCACAGUUGGUUCACUCUCCACUUUGAUGGGAACUUUGGAUACCAGAGAAUCUCAUUUGCAGAGCAAAAUCACUUUUAUGGAUGAGUUCUGUGAAGAAACCAAACUGUCCUUGUAGAUGAAACACAAAAUCAGGAAGGUCUUGGAAUACAACUCAAUGAUUAACAUAUUCUCCUCUGCUGAAGUGGACGAGUUCCUGUCUGAAAUACCUACCAAUCUCAAAUAUCAAAUCGCCCAAGCCAUGUAUGCUGGUCUCAAAAAUAGAGUCUCUUUCUUUAAGAAUAAGGAUUCAGUCUUCAUCUCCACUCUCAUUCCCAAAUUAUAGCCUUUAAAAAUCAAUGCUGGAGAAUUUGUAUACAACAAGGGAGAAUAUCCCAAUCAAGUAUAUUUCAUUGUCAAUGGCAGAGUCAAUAUGGUUAUUGGAGUGUAUUCAAUCACCUUUAAAACAUAUGUUACAGGUAGUUAUUUUGGGGAAAUUGAAAUAUUUGAUAACAGUGCACGCUUUCAUUCAGCCAGAGCUGAGUUAGAAUGUGAAUUGUUGGCCAUUGAAUAGGAUGUAUUUAAAAAAAUAUUGCAAGCAUUCCCAGAAUACUUUGAAGAAAUUAAAGCAAUUUCAUUAGAAAAACUAAAGAGGGAAAAGGAGGCCAUUGAAAAAUUAUAAGAUUUAACUGGAUUAUCCCAAACUUCUGAAUUCUUUAACAAGAAAAGAACUCAAUCCAUCUAUAAAUCAAUUAAAUAGAGAGAAUCUGUCCAUUUCAUAGAUUACAGUGAAGAAUCUGAAUAAGAUAUGAAAUCAAUGAGAUCCAGCAAACUUGGUUUCUUCAAAAAGAAAACCAAUCAUUUGAUGCCUGAGGAAAGUCUUACUACUCGAUUACACACUCAAGAAGAUACCUCGUAAAAGAACCUUGUAGCUUCAGAUAGUAGCCAAAAAAAAAAUGAAGAACCUGAAAAAGUAAUUACUUUGCCAAUUCCAGAUUAAGUCAAAAGAUAGAGUGAACACAAAAUUAAAUUAUAUGGAGAAGUGCCUAAUACCAUUUCAUAAUUUAAUGAAGAUACUGAUCAAUCUCAAUAACAAAAUAAUACUCAAAGAAUCUAAAGCGAAGAACCAACUCGUCCUCCCAAACCUAAAUAAGUUAGAUAUAUUAGCCAGAAUCUCAGAUGCAGUCCAAAGAGAAAUGACAAUCGAAAACCAUCCAUCUAGAUAAAUUCCACUAAUGAAAUUACAAACUCUGAUACUCCAUUUAUCUCUUCAGUCAGGUCUAACUUUAUCAAACCUUCCAUUAAAAUUGAUGAAGUCUCUCAUGAAUCAGAAGGGUCCAAUAAAAACUCUCCCAAAAUGUCCAUACUUUCUCAAAAUGCCUUAUCUCCUUAAAAUUCCCCCAGAAGAAAUUCAAUACCAUCGAGAGUUCCAAAACCAUCUCCUUUCCAAACUCAACAAUCUAUUUUCAAAGCUGCCAGCAACCAAUAUAUUGAGGCGAGUAAACUUAAGAAUCUGCCCAGAUUUGGUGGGUUCAGAAGAACAUAUAGAAAAGAAAGGGAAAUCGAAGUCUUAGAAGAAACAAUUGAAAAUGAAGAUUAUACCUAGUUGCAAUCAAAAUUAGUGGAGCUCUUGGAGAAGAUCAAGAAAUAGAAGGAAGAAUAAAAAACAAAAAAAUCAAAGAUCUAAUUCAAUAUCAUUAAUCCAUUGCCUAAAAAGAUUGUUUUACAAUAAAAAGAUUCUAUUAGUAUUUCAGAUUUACCAGAUGUUGAAAAAUAAUAAUUAGAUAGUAAUAGUAGUGGUAUAUUAGAAUGA